UUAUAAAAACUUGGGGGUUGGGAGGAAUAACAACAGUUUCGGGACGGACGUUGGAAGCUCAACAUCCUUCGUGAGUUAUUGACAUAAACCUUUUUCGCGCUCGCAGUGAUAACGUUUAUAUAUAAAAUACUUUAAAAAAGAUGUUUAGCUCAAUAAAGUUGUUGAUUAUCUCUUGUUUGUCAGCAAUUGCAUUGGGCGAUGGCCGUUAUGGAAAGGACACUUUAUCACAAAAAUACAAGUAUAAUACAUGGGCUGCAAACAGAGCUGGUGUUAAUAGCUGGUUAUACAGUGAUAAAAGUAUUGGAAGCAAUAGUAUUAGUAGUCCAUCUAAUAUGAUGAGACACUAUCCAAUGUCAUUAAACAAAUAUCAAGCAAUAACGGACAUGAACAAUAGGCAAGAACAAGAAAAACAAUUAGCAACUUUAAUUCCAUCGGAGUAUUAUAAUUCUGCAUUGGCUGCAAUUACCGGAAUAGAUAUAGAUCAUUCUGCAUAUGAGCCUAGAGUUUAUGGUCCUAGAACACCGUACGAAUCAAUUAGACAACCAUAUACUACUAAUGAAUUAUCCGACUACGCAGUUGUUCGAUAUCCGAAUUACGGUUAUUAUCCGUCAGCAAAGGCCGAUGCUAAUCGUAGAGCUAAUGAGGACGAAGAGGAAAAUUUUAUAGACGAAAACGAUAAAGAUGAUGAAGAUCAAUUCGGAUUGGACAACAAAGUUCGGCUAGUGUUAAACGAAGUAGACAUGAACAACCGUAAUAAUCCAGCUGUAUAUGUUUCAUAUUAUAAUGAUGAACGACCUAUGUCGUUAGAAAACCGAUAUUUGCAACAACAACGGUAUUAUAAUACACCACUGACUCCACGUUAUAGCACUGCAGAUAAAAUGCACAAGUUCCGAAAACUUUUUUUGUCCAAUCCAGUGUCACCGUCCAAUGCAUUUAAAUCAUCAAAAGAACAACAAUUACACGAUUUUUGGGAAUCACUCAUUCAGGGAAAAUUACUAGAUCCGACAGAAAGGGAUUCUUUCUCUAAACACAGGCAGCAACUCAUGAAGCAAGUAGUGUAUGAUACUAAACAUCAGUUUAGACAACAACAGAAGCACUUGAAUGAAGACAAUGACAUUACAGGUCAUUAUAAUUCAAAUUCCCGAAUUAGCCAAUAUAAUCAAUGGGCUAAUGGGUCUCCUUUAAUAAAAAGAUUGUCACCUGGAGAAACUACCGUAGAAAGUGAUGAUGUUCACGAAUUAGAACAACUCAAAUCAUCAACCGUUACUCCUGCGUCUACUGUACCCACAAUAAAAUCAACCGUACCGACAAAUACUGGACCCAUGGCUAACGGUGGCCAAAGAGAGUAUGUGCUACCUAGACCAGCUGGGGAAAAAUCAAGUUUGGAGAGUUUAUUAGAAGUAAUAGCAGAAGGUGGUGUACGGGGUUUACCUCAAAUGAAAUUACAUCAUGAAACUAAACGUAACAAGAAAAGGAGUUAUGUUUCAGACGAGACGUCGUUAGCAGCCGAACUUGGUGCGCUUCGAAAAAACUAAAAAAACGUUUAUUUCAACUUUUAAAAAUAUAAUAUUUAACCAUUAUACUUGUAUACCAUUUGGCGAAACGUUGAAUAAUGUAAAUAAUAUGAUUUUUAAAAUUUUUUUUUGACUCAAUACUAUAUUUUAUUUUUAUAUAAUAUCUUUCCAUGUUUUACACUGUAUUAAUAUCUUAUACCUACUUUGUGUCAUUACUUCAGCGCUAAUAGCAACAACAUCACGAAAUUUAGCUAGUUUUAUUUUUGCAUAAUAUUAUUCCAUUCUUCGGAGUUAACUUUUUUUAUUAAGAAUAAAGACUGAAUUGCUACGUUUACUGUACCUAUGUGCAUUUAUCAUGUGUUUAAAUAAUUAUCAAUUAUAUGUCAAUUCAUUACCGUGUUUAAACAUUAUUUAAUGUUGUUUUAAUAUGAAAUUUUAUUACAUUAUAAGUGUGCUUAAAUUUGAACAUUAUUUAAACAACAAUUGUAGUAUUAUAAUAAUAAAAUUUUACUAUAAUGUUAAAGAUAGACACUUAAAAAAAAAUUUUUCUAUCAAUUAAAAAUUAAAGUAAACUUUUGUAAAUAACCAUUGUG